CUUUGGUGCACAACACUGAGAGUACCGUGCUGUGGCCGGGCGCGCUGUUGCCAUGGCGAAGCUCCAAGGGUUCGAGUUCUGGGAGAAGACUCUGCGAGGCGCGCGCUACGUGGUGGCGCCCAUGGUGGACCAGAGCGAGCUCGCUUGGAGGCUCCUGAGCCGCAGGCAUGGCGCAGAGCUCUGCUACACACCCAUGCUGCACGCCCAGGUGUUCGUGAGGGAUGCCAACUACCGACGUGAAAAUCUUUUUAGUGAAUUCAGCCCGGAGGACCGUCCUCUCAUCACACAGUUCUGUGCUAAUGAUCCGGAGGUGUUUGUCCAAGCAGCUUUGUUAGCCCAGGACUACUGUGAUGCCGUUGACCUGAAUCUAGGAUGUCCUCAGAUGAUUGCUAAACGGGGGCACUAUGGUGUUUUUCUCCAGGAUGAGUGGGACCUACUGAAGAGAAUGAUUACAUUAGCCAGUGAGAAAUUGUCAGUGCCUGUCACUUGCAAAAUCCGGGUGUUCCCAGAAGUGGAGAAAACGGUGAAGUACGCCAGAAUGCUGGAACAGGCAGGUUGCCAGCUGCUCACUGUUCAUGGCAGAACCAAGGACCAGAAAGGGGCCCUGACUGGUGUGGCGAGCUGGAAGCAUAUCAAAGCUGUUCGGGACGCUGUAAACAUCCCUGUAUUUGCUAAUGGAAAUAUCCAUCACCUCACUGAUGUGCAGCGCUGCAUGGAGGAGACCAGAGUACAGGGGGUGAUGAGUGCAGAAGGGAACCUGCACAACCCAGCGCUGUUUGAGGGGCGUAACCCCCCUGUGUGGGAGAUGGCGGAGGAAUAUCUGGAGGUGGUGCAGAGGCAUCCGCCCUCCACGCUGUCCUACGUCCGAGCCCACCUCUUCAAGCUCUGGCACCACACGCUGCAAAUCCAUCAGGACCUGCGGGAGGAGUUGGCCAAAGCCAAGAACCUGGCAGGGAUAGAAGAGGUUAACGGACAGCUGAAGCAGCGUUGCAAGGAGGAGAUGGCGAAGGAGGAAUCGGAGCAACACCAUACCGGACUGCCUUUUCCUCACUGGAUCUGUCAGCCUUACGUCAGACCAGGACCCAAGGAGACGUUGCGUGAGAAUGGGCAGAAGGCUCCAGUGGUGAGAGCAGUGAGUGUGAAGAGGGCACUUGAGGACUGUGAUGACACAAACGACUCGCUGUCUAAGAACAAGCAGAAGAAGAAGGCCCGGAACCCCCACAAGAACUUCUGUCCUGAGCUCAAACCUAAAUACAUCAAAUGCGAGCAUUGUGGAAAUCCUAAAGGAAAUAAAUGUGUCUUUAACUUGUGCCGUGGCUGCUGCAAGAAAAAGGCCUACAAGGAAGUUGCUGACUGUCCAGGUCACGGCCUGAGAUUCAAGACCAAAGCCCAAAAGCAGCUGAAUUCUGGGAUGGGUGGUGGGCAGAUGAACGGGAAGCCGUCUCUGCCGGCAGAGCUCUCCAGCGCAGCCCACGAGGCCUUGACCUUAGACACUGCGCGCUCCUCUCCUCCUCUCCCCUGCCUGUCAGGCAUUACACUGCUCAAACCAGACUUCCAGCAUAUGCUGUAAAUGCAACAGUAAUGUGAAAGAAGGAUCCUCUGACUGAAUCACAUAUGCAUCGCUGAACUCUACUGUUGAGAUGGAUAGCAGGAUGGUCAGUUGUCUGUUGAGCCACUGGGAACACCAAUAACUCUGAACUGUAGGGAUCAGUAGGAACACUGUACAAUUGUUGUACUUCUGUCUUUAUGGUGGGGUGUGUGUGUGCACGCGCAUGCCAGAUUGAAUUGAGGGAUAAACCACACAGAGCAGAACACACUGCUGCUUUUGUUUUUAAACUUUUAUUUACAUCACUCCCUAGAUCACCUGCCACUAACGACAAAUCACAUGACUUCCAUUUCAUACCAAAGUCAUAUUUCAGGUUUAUUUUUACAAAAUGUGAUGUACUGAUGUUACAGAACACUGACACUUUGGGAAAUAGAUGAUAUUAUAAAGGGGCAGUUACUGGAUAGUGAGCAAAAAAUUCAAGGUAGCCUUGAACUGAAUCCAAAAUAAUGGUAUUUUGACAUGAAAGCUGGACAGCUAGUGUUGUACCUUCCCCAGACUACCUUCAUAUAUUGCCUUUUUAUUCUAGUGAAUCAUCUGUUCUAUGUAGACCGGAAAGUGUGAUCGUUAGAGCAACACCAUUUUCAAUCGCAAAGCAAGAGUGACUGUUCUUUUAUGGGUUGUGUGUUUUUAUUAGUAGUUUUUACAAUGAAUACAACUUUUAAUUCUGUAA